GCCGCACCGUCGGAAGCCUUGGGCCCGCGAAGAGCCAAGGCGCAAACAUCGUGGCCACCACCGGCGUGGACAACAACCAUCUGCUGGUGUCGCUCGUCCAGUCGGUCUUCCUGCCCAUCAUCCGCAACCCGCACGCCUCCGACAGGCUGCUCGGCAGCACGAUCCUGCUGUUGGCCAACCUCUCCACCACAGCGGAGGCCACGCUGCGGGAGUCGGGGUGCGCCGAGGCGCUCUUCGAACUGGUGGCCGACACCUCGGUGCCGCCAGCGAGGAAGAGCGUGGCGGAGUCUGUCGUGAUCUUCCUCCUUGGUCACAGGCGUCGAACCGGCAUUCUGUGUGCCUCCGUGUCUUCCUGCUUAUCUUGA